AUGACUGUCCGAAAGAAGUACACUCCUGAGGUCCUCUUGAGCGCUCCCAGACGAUCGGCAGCCCUUCCCAGCCCGGAUGGGAAGCUCGCCCUCUACACCCAGUCCACAUAUUCUUUCGAGACACAUUCCCGGACCAGUGAAAUAUGUGUUCUGGACCUUACCACCGGUCAAACGGUGACCAUCAGCAAAGACCCCAAAGCGAUUGAGCCCAAAUGGACGGGCACCGACUACGAGGUUGUCUGGCUGAAGCAGUGUGAUAAUGGAAAUACGAGUUUCAUCAUCACCGACGCCACUCUCCCUGGAAAGUGCUACAACGCCGGUACGGCCCCCGGUCCAGUUUCGACUCUCAAGGUCUUCGUUGUCGAGCCGGGCAAGAUCGCCGUGGCCGUGGCGGGACAGGCGAAUCCGGAUGGAAGCUUGCAUAAUCCUAAAGACGCUCAGAAAUCCCAUAGUUCCGCUCGCCUCUACGACUCCCUCUUUGUUCGAUGGUGGGAUAAGUACCUCACGGAGCAGCGAAAUUCCAUUUUCACAGCCUUGCUACAGAAAUCUCAACCCGUGGUCACGUCUCGUCAAGGUCGAUACAACUUGCUUGGCUUCAAAAACGCUCUCCUCGGCACCAACUUGGAAUGUCCCAUCCCUCCCUUUGGUGGAACCGACCACUUUGAUAUUGGGGCCACCGGCCUGAUAAUCGUGGCCAAAGAUCCGACCCUGGGUCCCGCCACCCAUACGAAAAGUGACUGCUAUUUUAUACCGAAGAAAGACCUCAUGGAUAUUAGUCCCCCGACCUUUCGCCAAAUACACGUCCCGGGGCUGGAUGGAGCGUCCUCCUCACCGGUGUUCUCCCCAAGUGGAGAAUCCAUGGCCUUCCUUCAAAUGGCUUCUGAUGGUUACGAAAGCGACAAGAAUCGCAUCGUCUUAGUCCAUGGACUGGACAAGACCGAAACCAUGGCGAGGGAGCUGAUGCGUUCGGCGGACAACAAAGGAGGCUGGGACCGGUCUCCCAGUUCGUUGAAGUGGUCAGGAGAUGGGAAAACGCUGCUGAUUGAAGCCGAAGAUAUCGGCCGUGGAUGCCUUUUUGCGCUUGAUCUCGAGUUGGAGGCUCCGGGCCCGGAUUGGCGUCCUCGGCAGCUGACCCACAGUGGAUACAUCAUCGACAUGGCACCGUUGUCCCGUGCUUCCAAUCUCUUGCUUGUCUCCAGCAACAGCCUCGUGGACAAUAGCUUGUACACGAUCGUCGAUCCUUCUGGAGAUUCCCCGCCCGCUGUCCUCUCAUCACUCAGCCUCCAUGGCGCAAUGUUCGGUCUCUCUCCGGAGCAGGUCUCCUCCUGGUGGUGGAAGGGAGCAAAUGAUCAUCCGGUCCACGCUUGGAUGAUGAGGCCCUCGUUCUUUCGCGCGGACCACAAGUAUCCGCUCGCCUACCUUGUCCACGGCGGUCCUCAAGGGGCUUGGAACGAUCAAUGGUCAACCCGCUGGAAUCCGGCUGUCUUCGCCGAGCAGGGGUACGUGGUGGUCUGCCCCAAUCCUACCGGAUCAACCGGCUAUGGACAGGACUUCACCGAUGCCAUUCGCAACGAAUGGGGAGGCCUUCCCUACGACGAUCUGGUCAAGGGCUUCGAAUUUAUCGAAUCUCAUGUGGAAUUUGUGGAUGCGUCACGAGCGGUCGCCCUCGGAGCCAGCUAUGGUGGCUACAUGAUGAACUGGAUCCAGGGGCACGAUCUCGGCCGCAAGUUCAAGGCCCUCGUUUGCCAUGAUGGCGUGUUCAGCAUGACGGGACAGUUGGCGUCGGAUGAGCAAUUUUUCCCCCUUCACGACAUGGGCGGCCCCAUUUGGGAGCGACAAGAGAUGUAUGACAAAUGGGACCCGAGCAGGUUCACGAAAUACUGGAAGACUCCGAUGUUGGUGGUUCACAGCGAGCUAGACUACAGAUUGCCCAUUAGUGAGGGUUUGGCCGCCUUUAAUGUGCUGCAGAUGAAGAAGAUUGAAAGUCGAUUUCUGAGCUUCCCCGACGAAAAUCAUUGGGUGUUGCAGCCUGAGAAUGGCCUGGUUUGGCAUCUGGUGGUAAUCAACUGGAUCAACAAAUUUGUCGGGCUGCCCAAACUGGUGGACCGACAGGGAAGGGACGGUUCUGCCUUUUGCCGGCAAGGAGCGAAGAGAUGGCCGACCGACUCGAUCGCGGGCAUUUCACGACUUGGACAGUGA